CCACAGAAUCUUAAAAACAAAGAAUAUCAAAGCAAAUAAAUAUAAAUACAUAUGAGGUCAUUGCUGCAACCACUACCAGUUAAUUGUGGGCUAUCUUGACCACCAAGAUGGUGUUUGCAGUCUGCCUUUGGUUCAACCCACCCUGGAGCCUUGUCGGAGCAGGUGCCAGGUCAGCUGCAGGGAGCAAGCAGCUGCAAAGGCCCUCUCCCUUCUUGCCACCCUGAGAAGGAGUCUGCAGCUGGAUCAGGCCAGGGGCCCUCUAGUCCAGCCUCCUGUCCUGUCCUCCCAGUGGCCAGCCAGAUGCCCCCAAGGGAAGCCCCCAGGCAGCGCCCCAGAGCAAGAGCCCCUCCCCUCUGCUUUCCAGCCACUGCCCUUCAGACGCGCGGCUGCCUCUGGCCCGCCCGGCCGAGCCCGGCCAUUGUGGCUGCAGCCCAAGCCGGCCGCCUCCUCCAGGGAUGCCCCGGUCCAGGUGGGCGGCCAUCGCUGCCUCCCGAGGGGGCGAGUUCCGCCGUUUAAGGCUGCGCUGCGCGGAGGAGAAGGACCCUCUCCGAGCUUCCUUGGGAGGGGGCGCAGGCAGGGCUGCCUCCGGGGGCGGCCUCGGGGUCCAGGUAGGUUGGCACGGGAGGAGAAGGGCUUGUUCACUCCGGAUUGGGGUCCAGCCAGGACGGGCGCGUUGCGCAGCUGGGAGAGGAGGGAGGCUUCCGGGACCCUGGAGGGGGGUCCCCCGGCUGCACCCCGAAGGGGUUCCCCCGGCAAAGGGUCCCGUCGCGCUUGCUUGCUGGCAGAGGCGCGGCGGGUGCAGCCCCCGGACAGACCGGGCGGGGUCGUCGUUGCUGCUGCUGCUGCUGCCAUCGCCGCCUCCGCGCGCGCCCUGGUCCUGCGCAGCCUCGCCCGGCCCGGCCAUGCGGAGCCCCGAGCCUCGUCGCCGCGGGCGGGGGCAGCUGCCGGCGGGCAGGCGAGCGAGGGACCGGGCGCGGCCGGGCAUCCGCAGAGCCGCCGCUGGCCAGCCGGACCCCGAGCGCAGCGGCAGGUAAGGCGCGCCGGAGCCGGGAGAGGCGGGCGGGCGGGUGUCACGCUCGCGCUCCCUUCCCCGCCGGGCGCGCGCCUUGCGCUUGGCCGGGCAGCUCAGCUGCAGCCCCGACAGGGAAGGAGGAUGGGCGGGCGGGCGGGCGGGCGGAGCCCGGGAGUCGCGGUCCUGCCCCGGCGCCACGCUCGCGGCAGAAGAGAGGGCCUCUGAGCGUGUGCAGAGGGCCGCCCGCCAGCUGCUGCGCGCUCUGGAAAAACAAAGGGCUGCCGGAAGCGGCCUCGGGCCUUCAGUCCCUUCGGGGGCCAAGAAGUGGCGCAAGGAGGCCUGGCCGGGGGCCGGGUGGCCAGAAAAGGUGGCCCCCACGUUGCCGCUCGCCAAGCCUAGCCCAGAUAGAGUGGCAGGGGAAAAUCUCCUCCGCAACUGCAGGCGCCGCUCUCCGUGAACUGCGCUUCCCCCAUGCAGCUAGGCAGGGCUUAUUCCUCAGCUCGGAACUCGUCCUUCUGCAUGCCAGACAGGUGCCCUUCCCUCCAGACGGAGGGGCAUACCGGGCUGGCCUUGUGCUGCGUCAGAGCGCUGGGCCAUGCAGCUGAGCAUUGUUGACACUGGCUGGCAGAGGCUCUCUCCCAGGUUCCAGGCAGGGCACCUUCCCAGCCCACCUGGAGAUGCCAGCAGAGACCCACUGAGCUGGGGCCCCACGCGGGAAAUGGCCAUAGGGCCAGUCAGAGGCUCAGCUGGUCCACUGCCUCAGUAUUGUCGCCCCAGUGGGAGGCAAGUGAGCAGGACCUGCUGCUGGGAAACUGGGAAUGGUGAGGUGGGGGGAGUCCAGGGACCACAUUCAGGGAUGCUGAAGAGGGAGGCAGGCAGGCUGCCAGAGGAGGGAGCUGUCUGGGGUCAAGGGGAAUCUGAGGCCCAAGGAGGGGGUCUUGCAGGGGUCUCAUCAUUGCCUGCAUGGGGGAGCCUGAUGGUGGCAGCAAAGGGGAGUCUGGUGCAACUCCCCCCCCCCCAGCAGAGCUCCCUGGUUUCCUGCUGACCCUGGGCCCAUCUGGCUCCUUCCUGGUGCCCGCCCUGGUCCUGCGAGCCCCUUCCUUCCGUCUUCCCUGCAGGUGCCCAGCCCACGGAGCCGCCCUGAAUGAUGCCCAGGGGCCGUGCCUGGACCCAGCAGGAGAUCGCCUGCCUCCUGGCGUUCAUCGGAGGCUGCCGGCAGGUGACGCUGCUGAUGGCCUCCACCUCGCGCCCCAACGAGGCCCUCUGGCGAGACAUCUCCCGCCGGCUGGCCUUGGCCGGCUACAGCCGCAACGUGGCCCAGUGCCGCUCCAAGUGGAAGGCCCUUAAGCAGGCCUUCUACUCCGAGUGGGAGACCCGGAGGCAGCAGGGUGGGGGGCGACCCGCCCCACAGGCACCCCCCCACUACAAGACCAUGAAGAGGAUCUGGGAAGCCGCGGGGAGACCUGUCUUCGGAGAGAGGCGCCUGCCAGGUAAGGGAGCCUCCUCUCCCCCCUGCCCCCCUUCCCUAGCCAGCUUUGGGGUGGGCUUCAGGGGAGCCCUGGUCCUCCCUGCACCACCCAGGAUUUGGGGGACGUGAACAGGUACUUUGGCAAAAAGAGGCAGGUGAUGGGAGAGGAGAGGUAAGAGAGCAGCAGCAGAGGCCUCCCUACUCUUGCCCCCCCCCCCGGGUAUUUUUCAGUCAGGAACAGGAAGGAACAAACCGUCUUAGUUUGAGCAGGUGCUGUUACCUGUACAGGUUCAAACAUUUUACCCACAAGAAUGAGGGAGAGUCUCAUUUUAAAAAGAGAGAGAGAGAAAGAGAGAGAGAAAGAGAGAGACCAGAAAUGCCCUGGAUUUGGUGGCCCCAGCCUCAAGCCUUGAAAAUUUCUCUACUUACUGGCCCCAUCUUAAGGUAAUUGGGAAUGCCAGUGCCUGGGUCCUGGGGAAUGGCUUGGCAACACAGGGGUGCACAUGGGGUGUGUGGGGCGUACCCAGGCCUAAUGCUUUUUUAAAAAAAUGGAGAUCGAGAGAAACUGGCAGAGAGAGAGACACAAGCAGAAGAAAAAGGCUGGAAUGGAUCUGGACCUGCGACCUGCCUCUUUCUCUGGAAGCUGUGGUGGGAUGAUUGACUCUAACGCCCAGCAGCAAGGCAGAUCCAUUCCAGCCUUCUUCUUCUGCUUGCAUCUAUCUCUGUCUUGUGGUUCUUCCUCCAUCCAAGCACCACUUGCCACCCCCAGAUCAGUGGGGGUGAGGGGCUGCUUUUGCGGGAGGAGGAGGGGCUAUCCCACCCUCAGCCCCCCAGAUCUGCCCUGCUUCUGCUCAGCUUGGCAUGGGGCUUUUUCUCCUGCUUGGCCUUGUAGACCACUCUUGUUGAAGUUCUUUUGCCUCUUUACCUCUCCCUUGCCCUUUUUUGUUUGCUUGUCAUUCCUCCCCUCCUUCAUUGAAAUAUGCAUUUUUUAAAAAUCCCAGAGUGCCCAUCCUAAUCAAAUGUGCUAGAAUCAUAGAAUCAUAGAGUUGGAAGAGACCACAAGGGCCAUCGAGUCCAACCCCCUGCCAAGCAGGAAACACCAUCAGAGCACCCCUGACAUACAGUUGUCAAGCCUCUGCUUAAAGACCUCCAAAGAGGCCAUCAGUAUGCCGAUGACACCCAACUCUAUCUGUUGAUGGAUGGCCAUCCUGACUCGGCCCCAGACACACUGACCAGAUGUUUGUUGUUGUUUUUUAAAAUAAUAUUUAUUACUUUUAUAAAUUACGAAAAGAGAAGAGAAAAAAAGAAAAGACAGAAAAAAAGACAAAGAAAGAAAGCAAAAAGCAAAAAAAAAAUACAAUACAAUAUAUAGAGAAUACAAAACACAACCUAAACUCAAAACUAAAUACAUUAAAUUAAACUAAACAAACCCCAUUCCCUAACCUUAACCCUAAAUGAAACAAAACAAAAACAAUUUAAAAACAUACAUCAUCUCUUUUCCAUACUCUAUCUUUCAUUCCCUUGUUUCCUCGACCUCCUCUCACCUCCCUUUUUGUGUUCCACUUCUAUUAAUUGUUUCAGCAAAUCCUUUCCAUCUUUCUCCAUUUUCUAUCAUAUUGUAAAUAACAUUUUUUUUAACCUUAUUUUCCAUUAAAUCUAAAAUACUUAUAUAUGCUUAACUCCUUAUAACAUUUCUGCUAAGCCCAUAAAAAAUCACUCCACCAUUUUUCUAUCACUCAUUGAUUUUACCAUAAGUCUAUAUAUAAACUUUAAAUUUUCCAAUCUUCUUCCACCAUCUCCUCUCCCUGGUUUCGGAUUCUGCCAGUCCUUUCCGUCAACUCCAUAAAGUCCAUCAACCUGGUGAUCUUAUGUCCGAGGCUCUUAACUCUUUUCCAGGUCCCAUUUUCUUUAAUGCUAAAGAGCAAAUCGCGGGGAAACUCCAACCUGUCAAUCCUUUUCUUCCUUCUGAACAGAUCAACUAAAUUUCCAUAGUUAAAGCUACAGUCCAUAAAGUAUUUCAGGGCAUAUUUCAAGAUUCCUCCAAGUCCAAAGGCCCCCAAAACUUCAGUCUCCUCCAGGCCCAAGUCCAUGUCCCAAAAGCCAGUUAAUCCCUGCAUAGAGGGAUCUUUCCAACUUUCCUUCUUUAGUCCAAGCCGGGAUCCAUUCCUCAGAGUCUGACUUUUCCUAGAUUCAAUCAUAAAAGGCCUCAACUUAUAGUCCUCAAUUUGCUUCUGUAAGGCCACGGAUCUCACUUGUAUUGUUUUAUGUUCAGCAACAACAGCAUUCUCCUUCUCCUCCACCAUUUGUCCUGACAAAAUGGAUUCCUGUACCAAGUCCCAAAUUAUUUCUGUGUUAGUGUUCGCUUUUUGACUCAAAUUGGUCACUUUCUGUUCCAAAUUAUCAACUUUAAAAGUCAUGUCAUCCAUCUUCUUGUGAAGCUGUCCCAGCGAACAGCUUAUCUUACAUAAAACAGUCACAAUGGCCUUUCCUAUCAACAUUUUUAAAUAGUCCAAGGUCACUCUCUGGUUCUCAGAAUCCUUGUCUGUAACUGGAAAUCCCCCAAUUACAUUCCUGUAACCGUUUCAAAAGCUCGCUCUAGAGGGAAACAGUCUCCACUUGUAUCAGUUCUUCAGGCACAACUCAAGCAUUAAAGAUAAAUUUUCAGUUACUUUUCCUCUUUUUUAAACGCAGAAGAGGACAAUGGAAACAGUAUCUUACUCUUAUUUAGCUAGCUGUCAAAUCCGUCCUGUCAAAUGCACUCUCUCCAAACGUCAUCUGGCAGCCCGUUCCCAGGUUCAGAGCAGUGGUAAUUUGAUUUUUCACUCUCUCCUGCAGGCUCACUAGAUCCAAAUUUCCCCCCUCUUCUCCUGCUUCCAAGGGGGGUUUUGUAUUUUAAAUCGAUGGAAAUUUAAUCCUUUACCAAAAGCUUUCAAAGGCUUUAACUUGUAACGUCUUUGCUUCAGUCUAUUUACAAAAACGGGAGGCGGACUUCCUGUUUAUGACCUUCCCGCUUCAGUGCCGAAUUAAAGAAUUUAAAAAUCCAAUUUUCCGUUUUACUCACAAGUAGUUGUUUAAAAUCCAAUUGUCCACAGGAAAAAGUCAGCGCUCUCCGGCAACAGCGAUGCGGCUUCACUCCGUGAAAGAAGCAGUCGAUUCAAAGCACCGCGCCGCUCACCCCACGUCGCUCCAGAUCCCCAAAACAGGGUUUCCCCGCGAGUAGGGGAGGCGCAAAAGGUGCCAGCCAAAUCCCAGGUUCACAAGCUUCUCCCGCUUGUGAUUUCAAUGGGUCUCCACCUUCACCGUGGCGGUCAGACCCUGUUUUUCACGGAGCAAAUUCCUCCCGAUCGGAGGAACUCCGCCAUUGCCUGGAGGCGCCAACCCGGAAGUCCCACACUGACCAGAUGUUUGGAAGCUGUGGCUGGAUGGUUACGUGGAAGCCGGUUGAAGUUAAAUCCUUCGAAGACAGAGGUCCUCUGGCUGGGACGGGACGAUAUGGGAUUGGGGGGGCAACUCCCAUCUCUUGCGGGGGUGCAAUUAGUGCCAGCACCGUCCGUUAAGAGUUUGGGUGUAAUCUUCGAUACCUCCCCUCUCUAUGGAGGCGCAGAUUACAGCUAUAACAAAGGCGGCAUUUUUUCAUCUCCGCCAAGCUAAGCAGUUGGCUCCUUACCUCUCUCGCCCUGACCUAGCCACUGUGAUCCACGCGACGGUCACCUCCAGACUGGAUUAUUGUAACUCGCUCUACAUGGGGCUGCCCUUGAGACUGACCCAGAAACUCCAGCGGGUGCAUUCAAUGCCGCGGCGAGGCUCCUUAUGGGGUCCUCUCUGCGAGAUCACAUUCAUCCGGUACUAUACCAGCUGCACUGGCUCCCGGUGGAGUACAGGAUCAGGUUUAAGGUGCUGGUUUUAACCUUUAAAGUCCUAUACGGCCUUGGACCCUCGUACCUACGGGACUGCCUCUCCUGGUAUGCCCCACAGAGGAACCUAUGGUCUGCAAAUAAAAACAUCCUGAAGGUCCCAGGCCACAGAGAGGUUAGGCUGGCCUCAACUAGAGCCAGGGCUUUCUCGGCUGCGGCUCCAAUCUGGUGGAACGCUCUGUCACAAGAGACUAGGGCCCUGCGGGACCUGACAUCUUUCCGCAAGGCCUGCAAGACAGAGUUGUUCCACCAGGCCUUUGGUCAGGGCCCAGCCUGACUCCCUCCUCUGGCAACCUGCACAGAACUUUGCUUAACGGUUGCCAUUAAUUUGAUUUUAAUUAAUUUUUAUAAUGAAAUGUUCUUAGAAUGCUGGAUUAUUUGAUUGUUUGAUUAUUUGAUUGUUGUUAGCCGCCCUGAGCCCGGCUUCAGCUGGGGAGGGCGGGAUAUAAAUAAUUUUAUUAUUAUUAUUAUUAUUAUUAUUAUUAUUAUUAUUAUCACCCCUUAACCUCCUCUUCUCCAGGCUAAACAUGCCCAGCUCCCUUAGCUGUUCCUCAUAAGGCACCGUUUCCAGGCCUUUGACCAUUUUGGUUGCCCUCCUCUGGACACGUUCCAGUUGGUCAGUGUCCUUCUUGAACUGUGGUGCCCAGAACUGGACACAGUACUCCAGGUGAGGUCUGACCAGAGCAGAAUACAGUGGCACUAUUACUUCCCUUGAUCUAGAUGCUAUACUCCUAUUGAUGCAGCCCAGAAUUGCAUUGGCUUUUUUAGCUGCCACGUCACACUGUUGGCUCAUGUCCAGUUUGUGGUCAACCAAGACUCCUAGAUCCUUUUCACAUGUACUGCUCUCAAGCCAGGUCUCACCCAUCUUGUAUUUGUGCUGCUCUCAUCUGCUUGUCAACUGCUGUCCUGCUUGGUUACCUGGUUACCUGUAGUCCAUUGUGUUGGACUUCAGCUCCCAUCAGCUCUGGGCAGCACAGCUCUGCUGCCGCCAGCAUCCUAUGGCCAUGCAGGCUGUGCCUGAUGGGAGUUGUAGUCCAAACCAAUGGGAGGACAUAGGAGGACACCAGGUUGCCAAUGGCUGUCCCAUGAGAUUUGCCUUACAAGUCCAUUUUCCUUCCAGAUCUAGGGAAGCUGCCUCCCCACGAGGACGGGGGCGAUCCAGAGGCCAAGCCGUCUCUGUCCUUGCCACAAGAGAUGGCAGGCAGCAAAACCCAGGAUCUGUGCGGUGGGAGACGGUUGACUUGCUCAGCUUCUGCGUGUCAGGCUGCUGGUAGGUGUGUAGCUGAAAGCAGGGAGGGGAGAACCCACCAAGGCUUCUCCCAAGGCAGCAGAAUCUGCUCCUCUGUUGGAGAGGCAGUGACGGCCACCAAUCUGAAUGGCUGUAAAAGACGAUGAGACAAACUCGAGGAGGAGGAGAGGGAGAUUAGUGGCUACUAAGCCGUGUUGGCUCUGCUCUGCCUCCAUGGUCAGAGGCUGCAAUGCUUCUGAAUACAGUGGUCGCUUGGUUCUCAAACUGAAUCUGUCCCGGAAGUCCAUUCCAAAACCAAAGCGUUCCAAAACCAAGGCUCGCUUUCCCAUAGAAAGUCAUGCAAAAUGGAUCAAUCCGUUCCAAACUUUUAAAAGCAACCCCUAAAACAGCAAUUUAACAUGAAUUUUACUAUCUCACGAGACCAUUGAUCCAUAAAAUGAAAGCAACAAACUGCAGUCACAAAAUCAAUCAAUCAAUCAAUUGGUAGCUGAACUGGGUUCCACACAGCCAUAAAAACAAAAAAAAAGCCACAAAAACAAAAAUGCAAAAUAAAUAGCAAAAACAGACAGACCUCAGCAUAACACUCAAAACGGAAGUGUGGCACUCAAAUCAGAAGCAUAACACUCAAAACGGAGCACGUUCAACUUCCAAAAAAAGUUUGCAAACUGGAACACUUACUUCUGGGUUUGCAGUGUUUGGGUUCCAAGUUGUUUGAGAACCAAGGGACCACUGUACCAUUUCCUGGAAACCACAGGGAGGUUCGCUCUUUUGCUCGGGUCCUGAUUUUGGGUUUCCCAGUGGGGCAGCUGGUUGCUGGACUAGAUGGGCCCCUGGCCUGACCCAGCAGACUCUUCUUCGGCUCUUAAGGAGAGAAGGGUUGCCUGCAGGAGUUGAAUCACGAGCCCUUUGCCGAAUCUUGCAGAUUCCCCCUUGGCCUGCGAGGGCUCCUUGAGGCCCUUGCCAGGGAGCCCGGACCAGCCAGCCUGCACUGCAGAGAAGGACUCGCCUGAGACUGCAAGAGAGGAACAGGCGGCAGCGGACGAUGGGCAGCCCUCUGGGCCAGACAGUCAAGGUGAGGGUCACUUCUUUGGAUUGAGUGCUCCAAAAACAGGUGGGGUUGAAAGCACCCCAACACCACUGAACAACACUUUUGUGUUCGUCUUCUGCAACUCCACAUUCUCCCAAUAUCCCAAGAUUGUGGCAAGGUGUGAUUUGACAUGUGGCAUUUCAGGCCCAUCUAGGGAAAAGUUUAUGUUGUUGUUUUUACAGAUUUUGGGGUCCUAUUGGUGGGAAUGAGAAAAAUGAAGAAGCCAUGUACACAAACUGCCUGGGGCCCAAGUGACCCCACAAACAACUGCUGCAGUUCCUUAUUUACUUUUCACGUCUGCAGAUGCUCAGCUCAGAACCUCUUCUUUCUGUUUCUUCCGAGAAGAGAAUGCAUUCAUAUAAAGCAAUUUGCUCGCCUUCCCUGAUGUGCAUUUACAAAUGGCAUAGGACCCCCCCCCCCCCGGCUUACAAAUCUGCUUCUGAAAUCUACAGAAAAGGUGUCCGUUCUCUCUGGAGAGGUCCCUCUUGGGUGGUGUCUCUGCCCUGGCCCCCUGGCCCCCUGACCCUCCUUGCUCCCGCCUCCUCUCUCCCCUCGCAGGGCCUGGCAUCGUCAAUCUCCUGCAGAGCAUGCAGCAGAUCCUGGUGCAGAUCCUGCGCACGUCGCGGCAGCAGCAGCUCCUCCUGGAAAGCCUGGCCAGCGACACCGUCUCCCACCUGCACGUCAUCUCGGACAACCUGGUGCAGGUGGGCGAGACUCUGCACGAGUUGCUGCUCCACAGCCACGCGCACUCGGCCGAUCCGUACGGCAUCCGCACCCCUCUCCACGGGGGCCCAUCCCAGCCCUGUUCCCCAGGGGCCCCACCCGCCUCUCCCCUUCUCAAGGAAGAAGCUUGGCUGCUACCUGCCGCCGGCUUCCGACCUCACGGCUCGGCCCCACCCUGAGCCACCUCCCUCUCCCAGGUUUUUGAGACUCCAUCCGAGUUGGGCAGGGGCAGCACAAGGGACUCCAUUUGCCCCUCUGUGCUGAGGGGGGGGGGCAUUUUCCAAGGUCAGUGUUUGUAUCCUUACAGAAAAGCCUCCAGACUUUUGUAAAAUUUUAUUUUUUCAAUAAAAUUUGAAAAUGAGGAAAUGUAUUAUGCCCCUUUCCUGUGCAGAAACCUCAGAGCGGUGUUCAGAAAUGGAGGGCUGAGAAUAUCCUGGCAUGUUUGGGAGGGACAUGCUAGUCUACUCUUCUCCUUGACAUCCUAGCUUUCAACGUGCAGGGAUUUAUUUAUUUACAGUGGAACCUUGGGUUGCGGACGUAAUCCGUGAGGGAGGCACGUCCGCAACCCGCAGCGUUCGUAACCUGCAGCACCGUGUCUGCGCAUGCACGUGACGUGAUUUAGCGCUUCAGCGCAUGCAUGAGUGGCAAAACCCGGAAGUAACCCUUUCCGGUACUUCCGGGUUUCCCAUGGUCCGCAACCUGAAAACAUGUAACCCGAAGCGUUUGUAACCCGAGGUACCACUGUAUUGCUUUUACUUCACUUUUAUAAGCUUUUGCCUAGAGUCUGAAGUGGUGUGACACAGGCUUAUUCCACAGGAGAACCAGAACCAUUUCUGAUUGCUGCAAAAUUAUAAGCCUUGAAGGAGAUAAAAGGCAGAUAGCAUCCCCCAAGGGGGAAGAAACCCUCCGUCCAUUAGGACUCAUGACUCUGGGUCUUUCUGGUGGCACUGAAGGGCCAAGGGCUGUGUGCGCUUGCCCCCCAGCCCCCCAGCGUGGGGAGGGAAUAUCUUGCCCCAUUCAUUUCCAGUUUGCAGCACCAACAAGCUGAGCUGACUGUUUCAGGCGGGGGUGUGUGUGUGUGUGCGUGUGUGUGUGUCCCCUCCUCCCCUUCCACCCGAAAAGCACCUCUUUACAGAUCAGAAACCACAGCUGGGCUAUAAAAUACCGGGAAGAGUUGAGAUGAGUUUCUAGUUGAAAUUAAUAAUCCUAAUGAGUAAUAUUAGGAUUAGUUGUUGAUUAGGAUUAGGGUUAGGAUUAGCAUGUGUUGUUAAUAAUGCCUGUUUGUAGAAUCUCAAAAUUGUAGUUUGGGGAAGGACUCAACGGCCCAUUUAGUUCGACCUCUGCAAUGCAAGAAUUGCUGCUAAAAUGCAGGAAUUGCAGCUAAAAUGCAGGAAUCGCAUCUAAAAUGCAGGAAUCGCAGCUGUUCAGUGCCUUGCAGUCCCUCUCUCACAUGCCUGGAGGUAAGCUGUCCUGAAAUAGGUCAGGUGUGUGUGUGCCUGAGUGGCUCCUGGCAAAACAGCUGCCCCCUCUGCUCCCUGAAGUGCCACUAUAUGUGUGAGGGGAGGGCGUUUUGCCCAACUGAUGCAGAGUUUCUGCAGGCUUCGCAGUCCUCAUCCCGGCUGCUGCAACAGGCACAAAGAAAGCACCCAGUGCUGGAUCACAUCCUCCAGGUACGGGGCGCUCCAGGUCCAAGCCCAGUGACAAAGCCCU